CCAACAAAACUCGCCUUUAGAUGGCCCCCCUCUUCAUUUGAUGUACAAACAAGUGAUGGUUUCUUACUGAAAGUAUUUAGACUGUCCUCUGAAUUUACCAAAGCAGACACAGAAUAUUGUCCGGUGCUACUUGUUCACGGAUUGUUCCAGUCUUCAGACAGAUUUCUUGGACAAAAACAGGAACAGAAUCUAGCUUACAAACUGCAGGAUCUCGGAUACGACGUGUGGCUGUUUAACGCUCGUGGCAACAAAUAUAGCCGAAGACACGUCAGUUUAGACCCAGAAAAAAAUUCCUCCGAAUUUUUCAACUACUCAUACGAAGAAAUCGGCUAUUUUGACCUUGCUUCCACAGUAGACUUCAUACUCAGUACGACCGGGUUCAAGAAAUUACAUUAUAUAAGUUAUGGGUUAGGCGGAAAUUUCUUUUUAGUCUUAAAUUCGUUAUUGCCGUCGUACAAUGAUAAAUUUGAUAGGGCGUUUCUGAUGGCCCCAGUUGCUUAUAGCGGUCGCAUGCCUAACACCGCUCUUCAAAAGCAGUUGCUUCUUCACGAACAACUUUAUACCGAUCUUGUGGAAGAAGGAGUUUAUGAAGUAUUUCCGUAUUACAAUGAUGAGGAAAACGUGCAAUUUAUCCCACCAAUGUGCUUGGGUUUGAGAAAGCAUGAAGUUCUUUGCAAUACAUUGCAAAUUGGUAAGAUGAUGGAUCUAAAUGUUACCAACAAUUCUAAAGAAGCUACGAGAGGGGGCUCUACCAAGACUUUAAUUCAUUUUGCACAAAACGUUAAAAAUAAAGUAUUUGAUCGUUUUGAUUACGGCGAUGGAGCUAAUAAACAAAUCUACGGGCAUAGAGGAAAGUCUCCUAGAUAUGCUUUAGAGGCUAUCACUGUUCGUACUGUAAUAAUAUUUGCGCCAACCGACGAGAUGAUCGACGAAAAAGACAUUUAUGAAUUGGCAUCGAAUAUGACUAAUGUUAAACUCAGGAAAGUGGAGAGACCGAAAUAUAAACACGAUGACUUUAUCGCCGGGCAAGACGUAAUGCAUGAUGUUUACAAUAGCAUUAUAGAAGAUUUGCCGGAGAAUAAAAAGAACGUCACACCGGAUCACAAGAAGAAAACUAAUAGGAGUUUCUCUUGGUGGAUCGGACUCAUAAUUUUUGGCGUCGGGCUUGCCAUAGUCAUAAUUAUAUGCAUAAAGAUUUUUCGUGGGAAAAAAGGCAGUGAAAAGAAACAAACAGUCGAAAAUACAUAG